AUGCCCCAAGCAGGGGCCGACCGGCGCGGGAGCCAGCUGUGGGAGGCCGUUGGCGGGCUGUCAGAUGUAACCAGAGCACCCCUUCCUCUACCCUCGCUGCAGCCCCCGUGGCUCCACACCCUCCAGAGUUGGAGGUGCAGGACGCAGAGGCCUUGGAGUUACCCUGAUCCUUUCCAGGAGCAGGAUGUUGUGGAGAGGUUCAAAUGGAGACAAGGCAUCCCAUUUGGAGCUGCCACAUCCUAUGUACAUCUAGAGAAGCUGUGUGAAGGAUCCUGUGCAACUGUGUACAAGGGGAUCAGCAGGAUCAACGGCCAGUUGGUGGCGUUGAAAGUGACCAGGCUGGAGGCAGAGGAGGGAGUGCCCUUUACAGCCAUUCGGGAAGCUUCUCUUCUCAAGCGUUUGAAACAUGCCAACAUUGUACUGCUUCAUGCCAUUAUCCAGACCAAGGAGACACUAACAUUUGUCUUUGAGUACAUGCACACAGAUCUAGCACAGUACAUGGGCCAGCAUCCUGGAGGACUUCAUUCGUGCAAUGUUAUGCUCUUCAUGUUCCAGCUUUCGCGCGGCCUGGCUUACAUCCACCAACACCGCAUUCUUCAGCAUGAUCUGAAACCCCAGAAUGUGCUCAUCAGUUGCCUUGGUGAGCUCAAAUUAGGCAACUUUGGCCUUGCUGGUGCCAAGUCCAUCCCCAGACAGACAUACUCCUCUGAAGCGGUGACACUCUGGGACCGUCCUCCUGAUGCGUUGCUUGGAGCUACAGACUAUUCUUCUCAUCUAGAUAUCUGGAGUGCCGGCUGUAUAUUUGUUGAAAUGAUCCCGGGGCAGCCAAUAUUUGCAGGAACUUCUAGUACUCGUGAACAGCUGGCAAAGAUCUGGAUGGUAUUGGGGGUCCCAACUGAGGACACGUGGCCAGGACUUUCCAAGCUCCCCAGCUAUAACCUGGAACUGGUUGCUUCCAGGAGACCUCAGAGACUCCAAGUGAUCUGUGACAGGCUGAGCAGGGUGCCAGCAGUGGAGGAUUUGGUCUCCAGGAUGCUUACAGCCUUCCCUUAAGGCCAGAUCUCUGUGCAAGAUGCACUUCUUCACGGCUUCUUCAGCCCUCUGCCUCCUUAGCUCUAUCAGGUUCCUGCUGGACAAUCGGUGCUCACAGUUCCAGGAGUGAGACUGCAACCUGAAAUCUGUGACCUCUUUGCUUCUUACUGA